UCCGCCCGCGCCUCCGCCCCAGGAGCUGGAGCCAAGCGGGGAGCCCGGGCCCCGCGCCCAGGCCCGGGCCAUGCAUGGCCACCGAGCCUCAGGGGGUGCCGGGCCUUCGGAGCCCGAACACCCAACCACGAACCCCCCCGGCGCCGCUCCACCGGUCAGUGCCGACACGGAUCCUGGAGCCUUCGAGUCCGGACUGCCCGUGCUUAGGAGCUCAGGCUCGGCGCUCGGCGGCCCCCUGGAUCCCCAGUUUGCCGGACCGUCGGACGCCAGCCUGGGCUCUGCGCCAGGCCCCCGGGUCUUACCCUGUGGCCCCAGUCCACAGCACCACAGGGCCCUACGCUUCUCCUACCACCUGGAGGGUUCACAGCCCCGGUCUGGGCUGCACCAGGGAAACCGGAUCCUGGUUAAAAGUUUGUCCCUUGACCCUGGCCAGAGCCUUGAACCUCAUCCAGAUGGUCCCCAGCGGCUUCGCUCAGACCCAGGCCCUCCCACUGAAACCCCCAGCCAGCGUCCUUCACCACUGAAGCGGACACCAGGCCCAAAGCCACAAGUUCCCCCAAAGCCCAGCUACCUGCAGAUGCCCCGGAUGCCCCCCGCACCUGAGCCCAUUCCUCCUCCACCAUCACGCCCGCUGCCUGCAGACCCACGAGUGGCCAAGGGCCUGGCCCCCAGGGUGGAGGCCAGCCCCAGUUCUGCAGCGGUAUCCUCACUGAUUGAAAAAUUUGAAAGAGAGCCUGUGAUUGUCGCCUCGGAUAGGCCAGCCCCUGGCCCCAGCCCAGGUCCCACAGAGUCAGCCAUGUUGCCACAGCCACUCCCACAGCCACCGGUGCCCCAGCUUCCUGAGGGUGAGGCCUCCCGCUGCCUGUUCCUGCUGGCUCCUGGGCCCCGGGAUGGUGAGAAGGUGCCCAACCGGGACAGUGGCAUUGACAGCAUCAGCUCGCCAUCCAACAGUGAGGAGACCUGCUUCGUCAGUGAUGAUGGGGCCCCCAGCCACAGCCUCUGUCCUGGGCCCCCUGCCCUGGCCAGUGUCCCUGUUGCUUUGGCUGACCCCCACCGGCCUGGCUCCCAGGAGGUUGAUAGUGACCUGGAGGAGGAGGACGACGAAGAGGAGGAUGAGAAGGACAGAGAGAUCCCAGUGCCCCUGAUGGAGAGACAGGAGUCUGUGGAGUUGACCGUGCAGCAGAAGGUAUUCCACAUUGCCAAUGAGCUCCUGCAAACUGAGAAGGCCUAUGUUUCCAGGCUCCAUCUCCUGGAUCAGGUGUUCUGUGCCCGGCUACUGGAAGAAGCUCGGAACCGAAGUUCCUUCCCUGCUGAUGUUGUCCACGGCAUCUUCUCUAACAUCUGCUCCAUCUAUUGCUUCCAUCAGCAGUUCCUGCUGCCUGAGCUAGAGAAGCGCAUGGAGGAAUGGGACCGCUACCCGCGCAUUGGAGACAUCCUACAGAAGCUGGCGCCCUUCCUCAAGAUGUAUGGCGAGUAUGUGAAGAACUUUGACCGGGCUGUCGAGCUGGUCAACACCUGGACAGAGCGCUCCACCCAGUUUAAAGUAAUCAUCCACGAAGUGCAGAAGGAGGAAGCCUGUGGCAACCUGACACUGCAGCACCACAUGCUGGAACCUGUGCAGCGCAUUCCCCGCUAUGAGCUGCUUCUCAAGGACUAUCUGUUAAAGCUGCCCCAUGGCUCCCCGGACAGCAAGGACGCCCAAAAGUCUCUGGAGCUGAUAGCCACAGCAGCAGAGCACUCUAAUGCUGCCAUUCGCAAAAUGGAGCGAAUGCACAAGCUGCUGAAGGUAUAUGAGCUGCUAGGGGGUGAAGAAGACAUUGUCAGCCCCACCAAAGAGCUCAUAAAAGAAGGCCAUAUCCUUAAGCUGUCAGCAAAGAAUGGGACCACUCAAGACCGAUACCUCAUACUAUUCAACGACCGCCUCCUUUACUGCGUGCCCAGGCUGCGGCUCCUUGGCCAGAAGUUUAGCGUGCGGGCACGCAUUGAUGUAGAUGGCAUGGAGCUAAAGGAAAGCUCCAACCUCAAUCUGCCUCGGACCUUCCUGGUGUCAGGAAAGCAGCGCUCCCUGGAGCUCCAGGCCAGGACUGAGGAGGAGAAGAAAGACUGGGUCCAGGCCAUCAACUCCACUCUUUUGAAGCAUGAACAGACGCUGGAGACCUUCAAACUGUUGAAUUCAACAAACAGGGAAGAUGAAGACACACCCCCUAACUCUCCAAAUGUGGAUCUUGGGAAGCGGGCACCUACACCCAUCCGAGAAAAGGAAGUCACCAUGUGCAUGCGCUGCCAGGAGCCCUUCAAUUCCAUCACCAAACGCAGGCACCACUGCAAGGCCUGUGGGCAUGUGGUUUGUGGGAAGUGCUCCGAGUUCCGGGCCCGCCUCAUCUAUGACAACAACCGCUCCAACCGUGUGUGCACUGACUGCUAUGUGGCCUUGCAUGGGGUGCCUGGGAGCAGCCCAGCCUGCAGCCAGCAUACACCCCAGCGCCGGAGGUCCAUCCUGGAGAAACAGGCCUCAGUGGCUGCGGAGAACAGCGUCAUCUGCAGCUUCCUACACUACAUGGAGAAAGGUGGAAAAGGCUGGCACAAGGCAUGGUUUGUGGUCCCUGAGAACGAACCCUUGGUGCUGUACAUCUAUGGAGCCCCUCAGGAUGUGAAAGCCCAGCGCAGCUUGCCCCUCAUUGGCUUUGAGGUGGGGCCUCCUGAGGCAGGGGAGCGGCCUGACAGAAGGUACGUCUUUAAGAUCACCCAGAGCCACCUGAGCUGGUACUUCAGCCCUGAGACAGAGGAGCUGCAACGGCGCUGGAUGGCAGUGCUCGGUCGGGCAGGCCGUGGGGACACGUUCUGCCCAGGGCCCACACUGUCUGAGGACAGGGCGAUGGAGGAGGCACCGGUGGCAGCUUCAGGAGCCACUGCUGAACCCUCUGAAGCCCUUCAGACCCAAGACAAGACCUAGAUGGUUGGGGGGAACUGGGGCCCCCUGCCCCACACUCUAGCUGCCCAUGUCCAGUUGGUGGCCCCGGCCUCCUCCCUCCCAGCUCAGUCAAUACUUGAACUCCCAUCAUGGGCACUUUCAAUUCCCCAGUGCUGGGUCCUGGGUUUUUAAAUUCUCUUCACAAAACAUGGGCUUUAAAAAAAAAUUCCUACAGUGAUGUUAAUUUUUUUUAAUCCCUAUCCCCAGAGAGGGUGGGAGCUGUUGCUAGACCCCCUUGAAUUAGGCUGUUUUUUCCUCAACCCAUCAACACCCUACAGAUCCUGCCUCCACCCAAUUCCCCCCAAAGCACUGGAGGCAGGAGAUCUGGAUUCAAGUGCCAGCUCUGCCACUGACCCCACAGCCCUGGCCCACCCCUGCCCCCUCACAGCCAGUGUCUUCACACAUAUGUUACAUGGGGUGGUGACCAGACCCCUCCUGCCUUUCCCAUGGCUUACAGCUUCUACUCGGCUCCAAGGCUACCCAGUAUUUUAUCGUCCAGACCCAUGGCAGGGCCACAGGGCAGGACAGGGGAAUGGGGGGAGGACAAUGGAUAUUCUUUGUUUUGUUUUUUAAAAAAAUACAGUUUAUUUCAGGCUUACAGAAACUUUCAGAGUGCUGCUGUGCUCCAUUUGUCCAACUGUUUGUUUAUUCAAAGUCACAGGCUGCUAGGGUGGGCCUAGGAACCGCUCCCUUGCUGAGCUUUGAGGCCCAGCUCCUACAAAGUUGAUUCCAAGGCUACUCACAGGUCAAGACACAGAUUAAACAAUAAAGUACUAUUUAUUGAG